AUGGGCUAUAUUGACAAAUGUGCUAGUAAUCCUUGUGCCAAUGGUGGAACGUGUGAUGACGGAAUCAACGAAUUCAGCUGCCAGUGUGCUCCUGGGUGGACCAACGUUACGUGUGAAACUAAUAUCGAUGAGUGCGCGAGUGGCCCAUGUCAAAAUGGCGGUACGUGCUACGAUGAGGUAAAUGGCUACACAUGCAUGUGUCCCGUAGGUACAAAUGGUACAAACUGCGAGAUACUUGCGGACGCCUGUAUGAGUGACCCUUGCGCAAACGGAUCUACCUGCGUCAAUUCCGGAGUUGACUUUAUCUGUAUAUGCGCACCGGGCUUUGAAGGGGAUCGUUGUGAAUCGGAAAUCAACGAGUGCCUCAGCCUACCGUGCCAAAAUGGCGGUACAUGCACAGAUGGACUGGACAUGUUCACAUGCGACUGCCGCUUUGGAUACUCGGGACUGAUCUGCGAAAUAUUCGAUCUGUGUGAUUUACAGGGAACCUGGUACAACGAAAUCAACGAUAAAUUGAUCAUCGUGCAGACAUCUACUGGCAUGCUUUUGGGAGACUACAUGACGUAUGUCGAGCAGCUUACUGGCAUGGCAGCCUCCACCGUUGCUCUGGGGUAUGCGGGGCUAAACCCUACUAACCCAACGUUCGGCUUUACCGUGGUCCGAUGGGAAGGCCAAUCAACAACCAGCUGGACCGGACAGUGCCAGAUCUGUGAUGAGAAGGAAGUCCUUUACUCAACCUGGAUCAACAUUCUAUCCGUCAAUACGUGUUUCGAAGUCAGGGAAGCAACAAAAAUCGGGCAGGACAAAUGGACUCGAUACAUGCAAAGCACAGCACCUUCGAACAGCACUGUUUGAAUUAUGGAGACCUUUCGGACGAAGGAGAAUGUUUACUUCAUCUUACUUCAGCUCGUAUCAUAGGAUAAUACGGAAAGUAGAAGAUUGGUAUCAACCAAUAAAUUUCAAAAUGUCGUCUUUUUGUGAAGGCAAUUCUAAAUCUGCUGGUUUGUGGUUUAGCUUUGAUCGUACGUAAAUAUAAAUACUUUUAGAUUUUACCGUAGCUUAUGUUAUGUUUUUGGUUAUAAUAAGAGGGAUUAUAUCUAUAUUUGUUAUUUGUUAUAAAAUGUUUCCCUAUUUGUACUUUUUGUGUCGUUUUAGAGGAUAGUAAUAUACACGAUACUGGUAUAAAAGCAUCUAUUUGGAAGGGUGUUGUGGUUUCAUUUUUGUUCUCUAUGUGUGCUUACAAUAUUACUUCAGUACGCAUACCUGUAAUAAGAGAGAA